AUGAGGGAGCCGCCCCGCCGGCUCCUGGCCCUGGGCUCCUGCCUCUUCCUCUGCGCCCUGCUCUGGCUUCCUAUUUGGCAUGUCUUUUGUAAAGACGGUCUUUCAUCAGCAGUGCAAUAUGCUUCAGGUGAUGCUUGUGCCCUGGCAAAUGAUGAUGAAAAUGUCCAGGAAAAGGGGGAAGAGGCUGGUCCCAGAGUGGAGUCUGAGCAUACAGACUCAAGUACACGGAGUUACUCUACAGAAGAGCUACUUGAUGACUUCACAAAAUCUGACCAGACUACAGAAAUGAGUGAAGCAAGCCAGCCUGAAGUUGUAACUCCACCUUCAGUAGAUUUAAAUGAAGCUUCGUCUAGCAUAGUUGCAAGCACUGAAAACAUUUCCAGUUCACCUACCUCAGAGAUACCUCCAGUCUCGCAGCCCGAUGCAAUAGAAAAUUCCCGUGCUGAUAUCCCUGUAGUCAGCUCUAGUGAAGCUGAGCAGUCAGAACCUGACUGUGAUAUUGGUGGGACACUUGAGGCUGACCCUCAGAGUGAGCCUUCCUCUUUUGUCAGUCCACCAGAGAGCAUUGCAGGUCAACAUAUAGAGAACAUAUCUUCUUCACAUGGCAAGGGAAAGAAGACAAAAUCUGAGUUUGAGUCAAAAGUUUCAGCAGCUGAAAAGGGGGCAGAUGAGCAAAAAUCUGCUCUGAAUGCCUCGGAGAACUUAAAAAGGGAGAAAGACUAUAAGAAAACAGGAGAAAUUGACCCUACAUCGGUGAUAACUCCAAAGGACCCUGGAGACAUUCCAACAUUUGAUGAAUGGAAGAAGAAAGUCAUGGAAGUGGAGAAAGAAAAGAGUCAGUCAAUGCACCCUUCUGCUGUUGGUGGGCAGCAUUCAACAAAAAAGGUCCAGAAAAAUAGAAACAACUAUGCCUCUGUAGAGUGUGGUGCCAAAAUUCUGGCAGCGAAUCCAGAGGCAAAGAGCACUUCAGCUAUUUUGAUGGAAAACAUGGACCUUUAUAUGCUAAACCCUUGCAGUACUAAAAUCUGGUUUGUUAUUGAGCUCUGUGAACCAGUCCAAGUAAAGCAGCUUGACAUUGCAAAUCAUGAGUUAUUCUCUUCCACUCCUAAAGACUUUCUGGUGUCUAUAAGUGACAGGUAUCCAACAAACAAAUGGAUUAAAUUAGGUACUUUCCAUGCCAGAGAUGAGAGAAAUGUCCAAAGCUUUCCUCUGGAUGAACAGAUGUAUGCAAAAUAUGUUAAGAUGUUCAUCAAGUACAUAAAGGUGGAGUUGAUAUCGCACUUUGGAUCGGAACAUUUCUGUCCUUUAAGUCUUAUAAGGGUAUUUGGUACUAGCAUGGUUGAAGAGUAUGAAGAAAUAGCUGAUUCUCAGUAUCAGUCUGAACGACAAGAACUCUUCGAUGAAGAUUAUGAUUAUCUAUUGGAUUACAAUACAGGGGAAGAAAAAUCUUCAAAAAAUCUCCUUGGUUCUGCUACAAAUGCUAUCCUAAGUAUGGUGAAUAUUGCUGCUAAUAUGCUUGGAGCCAAAACUGAAGAGUCGUCUGAAGCUGAAGCAGGGAACAAAAGUGUGUCUGAAAAUGUCACUGCCGCCCCUGCAACUUCAACAGCUGCACCAAGACUGCCUGAACCAACUCCUGUUCCUUCACCAGAACUUGUUACUACAGAUAUUCCACAGAUAGAUAAAGAGCAAUUAACUGUGGAUUUGACAAAAGAAAGUCCUAUUGUUCAGCUAGUACAAGAGUAUGAAGAAGAUACAAGCCAGUCAACAGUAACCUUGCUGCCCAGUGAUGAUCAGGAAGAAGAAGCAUCGGCAUGGUUUGAACUUGAGACAGAAAAGUACUGCUAUGACAUGGCAACAGUAUGUUGUAUUUCCACCUUUUCAGAAUAUCUGUUUAAAUGGUGUUCAGUUGCAGUAGCCAUGGAUCGGCAGCAAAGUAAAACUGAAGGUAAACAAGGGCAAGAUUACUCUGCUGAUGUUCAGCAGCCACAGGUGGUUCUGACCGAAUCUAUACGUACGCCAGUAGAUGAGCCUCUGCCGGAGCAAUUAGACAGUAAAGUUGAGAGACCAUCUGGAUCUACUGUUGCAGUUGACCUCAGCAGUGUGGUCCAUGAGGAGAUCAGUAAUGAGACCACAGAUCCAAUUGAACUGGAACCAAGCCAUCCUCAAACUGUCUCUCAAUCCCUCCUCUUAGAAGUUACUUCUGAAAUUAAACCAUUGCCAACAACAGACAUGGUGUUGGAGCCUGCAAAAGAAGAUGCAGGCCAGGUAGCACCAAGAGUGACUCCCCAGGUGGAUAUAGCUGAGUUCAGUGCAGAAACAGAAAAGGCUGAGAGCUCUGUUGCAGAAGAAAACCCUGUAGCUUCUGAGACUAGUGUGGCCACUGAGGUAAAGGAGAUGAGCACAAGAGAGACUAUUGCUACUCCAGUGAUUUCAAAGCCUACAGAGACUGUUCUGCAGCCUGAAUAUACAGUGGGCAUGUUAGCCAGUGAUGCUGGGGAAGGGAAGGGAAGCACUCCAGAAGUGCAGAAACCUGUUUUGCCUCCUGUUGAGUCUUCUGUCGAAACAAAGGAGGAUGAUCAGGCAACUGAAGAAGCUUUAAUGGCGAUUCCGGUGUCUGGGGGACCGCAGAGAACAGCUACAGACUUCUACGCUGAAUUGCAGAACUCAACAGAUCUAGGCUAUGCAAACGGAAAUCUUGUUCAUGGAUCUAAUCAAAAGGAGUCUGUCUUCAUGCGCCUUAAUAAUCGCAUAAAAGCCCUAGAAGUAAACAUGUCUCUCAGCAGCCGUUAUUUAGAAGAACUUAGUCAGAGGUACCGAAAGCAAAUGGAAGAAAUGCAGAAGGCUUUCAAUAAAACAAUAAUAAAACUUCAGAACACCUCAAGAAUAGCAGAAGAGCAGGAUCAGCGGCAAACAGAAGCAAUCCAGCUGUUACAAGCACAGCUUACCAACAUGACGCAGCUAGUUUCUAAUCUGUCAACAACUGUGGCGGAACUAAAACGUGAGGUUUCUGAUCGGCAAACUUACCUUGUGAUUUCUCUGGUUCUCUGUGUCAUUCUGGGCUUGGUGCUUUGUGUGCAGCGGUGCCGAAGCACUUCUCAGUUCUGUGAAGAUUAUAUCUCAAAAAUUCCCAAAAGUAAUCACUACCCUAGCCCCAAAAGAUGUUUUUCCUCCUAUGAUGAUAUGAAUUUGAAAAGAAGAACUUCUCUUCCACUGGUCAGAUCACAGUCUUUUCAGCUAGCUGGUAAAGAAGUGGAUCCAGAGGACCUGUACAUUGUAGAACCCCUGAAGUUUUCCCCAGAGAAGAAGAAAAAGCGUUGUAAAUACAAAAGUGAAAAAAUAGAGACUAUUAAGCCAACAACAGAGCCUCUGCAUCCAAUAGCCAAUGGGGAAAUUAAAGGAAGGAAGCCGUUUACGAACCAGAGGGACUUCUCUAACAUUGGGGAAGUUUAUCACUCUUCGUACAAGGGUCCUCCAUCCGAAGGAAGCUCCGAAACGUCAUCGCAGUCUGAGGAGUCCUAUUUUUGUGGCAUUUCAGCGUGUACGAGUCUGUGCAAUGGGCAGACCCAAAAGACAAAAACUGAGAAGAGGGCUAUAAAACGAAGACGGUCUAAAGUUUCAGACCAAGGGAAGCUCAUAAAAACUCUAAUACAGACUAAGUCAGGGUCGAUGCCAAGCCUGCAUGACAUAAUCAAAGGAAACAAAGAUAUAACAGUGGGAACGCUUGGUGUCACGGCAGUUUCUGGACACAUCUAAAACUAGCUGAACUUCUCAAACAGGAGAGUGUUUGUUCGUUUGAGAACAGUCUGUGGUAUUCUGUGGGAGGAUAGUGGGAGACGAAGAGCUCAACUAAUUGGAAAGUAUUCAGAAAUUUGGUUUCUGCCUUUUUAAAUAGAUGGGAUUGUGUCAAUCUUGGCUAUAAGCUGCAGCUUUACAAGGCUGAUAAUUUCCUAUGAGAACAGCUUGGGGGGAGGGAGGGCAGGGUUCA